CCAGCGGACUAAAAAAUCUUCUGGGUGGUUUUUUUUUUUUUAAUAUCUCGCCCCCGAAAAAAAGUUGACGAAUCUCUCUACCGGAGUUUUCGCCGACGGCAAGGCAAUUUCAUUUGUCGGAGGAUGGACGAAGUGGAUAAGCAACAGGAAAAUCCUAAUGGACAUGAAAAGAUGGUAAAUGAAGGAUCUGCUGCUCGAACAAGACCUACAAGCGUUGAGGAGAUUAGGCUUAGGAGAAAGAGGAAAGAUUCCUUGGAAAAUGUGAAGGAGGAAACUGUAGAAGCAGCUCAGUUACUCGAUAACGAUCUUGUUGAUAAGGCUUCUGAAAAUCAUGACUCUGAAAUAGGGCAUGAUAGAUCGAAGAAUUUGAGGUGUGAAGACAGUUCAAGAAAGAACGAAGACGCCAUUUCUAGUACUAGAGAAGAAAAAAAAGAAAAAACGAUGAUAGAAGACCCUGUGGGAGCAGCUCAGUUACCCAGUAAAGAUCUUGUUGAGAAGGUUCCUGACUGUCAUGAGUCUAAAAAAGGGUAUGAUAGCUCCGAGAAACUGAGGCAUGAAGAGCUUGUUAUGGACAGCUCAAGAAAGAGAGAAGAGGCUAGUUCUAGUCCUAAAGAAGAAAGCCUAGAUAUACCAAUGAAAGAUAUUCCUAUUGAAGAAGCUCAGUUACUGCAUAACUAUCUUGUUGAGAAGGUUUCUGACUAUCAUUCGUCUGAAAAAGGGCAUGAUAGAUCCACGAAAGUGAGGCUUGAAGAACAUGUUAAGGACAGCUCAAGAAAGAAACAGGACACGAUUACUAGUUCUAGGGAAGAAAAACCAAUUGAAGAGGAUCAUGUGGGAGCUGCUCAGUUACUGGGUAAUGAUAUUGUUGAGAAGGUUUCAGACUAUCAUGCGUCUGAAAGAGGGCAUGAUAGAUCCAAGAAAGUGAGGCGUGAAGAACGUGUUAAGGACAGUUCAAGAAAUAGAGAAGACGCCACCUCUAGUUCGAGGGAAGAAAAAUCAAUGAAAGAGGAUCCUAUUGAAGAAGCUCAGUUACUGCAUAACUAUCUUGUUGAGAAGGUUUCUGACUAUCAUUCGUCUGAAAAAGGGCAUGAUAGAUCCACGAAAGUGAGGCUUGAAGAACAUGUUAAGGACAGCUCAAGAAAGAAACAGGACACGAUUACUAGUUCUAGGGAAGAAAAACCAAUUGAAGAGGAUCAUGUGGGAGCUGCUCAGUUACUGGGUAAUGAUAUUGUUGAGAAGGUUUCAGACUAUCAUGCGUCUGAAAGAGGGCAUGAUAGAUCCAAGAAAGUGAGGCGUGAAGAACGUGUUAAGGACAGUUCAAGAAAUAGAGAAGACGCCACCUCUAGUUCGAGGGAAGAAAAAUCAAUGAAAGAGGACCAUGUCUCUGAAAGAGGGUAUGAUAGAUCGAAAAAAGGGAGGCGUGACGAACGUGUUAAGGACAACUCAAGAAAGAAAGAAAACGCCACUUCUAGUUCUAGGGAAGAAAGGGUAAAUAAACCAAUGAAAGAGGACCCUGUUAGAGCAACUCAAUUACUAGGUAACGAUCUUGUUGAGAAGUUUUCUGACUAUCAUGCGUCUGAAAAGGGGCAUGACAGGUCAAAGAAAGUGAGGCAUGAAGAACGUGUUAAGGACAGUUCAAGAAAGAAAAAAGACGCUAUUUCUAGUUCUAGAGAAGAAAAGUUACUGGGUAAUGACCUUGUUGAGAUGGUUUCUGACUAUCAUGAGUCUGAAAAAGGGUAUGAUAGAUCCGAGAAAUUGAGGCAUGAGGAGCGUGUUAAGGAAAGUUCAAGAAAGAAGGAAGAGGCUGUUUCUAGUUCUAGAGAAGAAAAACUAGAUAAACCAAAAAAGGACGAGCCUGCUUCAAAUAGAAAAAGGAAGGCAGAAGGAGAGAGGUCUACAGCUGAAAAAAAAUUAAUAAAAGAAGAUACUAAGGAUAGACGAGGAAAGAAAGAAGAAACUAAUUAUUCUAGUUGUAGGGAGGAGAGACGAGAUAAAAAGAUGAAAAAGGAAGACCUAGCUGCAAACAGAAAACGUGAAGGAGAAAUCCCUGCAACUGAAAUUAAAACAAUGACAGAUAGAGAUGAGCUUGGUAGUAAGAAGCGUCUUCGAAGUCUAGUGGUGGCAGACCUUUCUCGAGAUGAAAGUAGUAUAAAACCUGACAAUGGAGACAGUAGAAAGAAUCAAAAUGGAGAUCAUAAGAAGAAUAGGGAGAUGGAUAUGUCAAAGAGGCAUGAACCAGCAAAGGUGCAUGGCGUUGAAGUUUCAGAGCGAUGGGAGAGAAGGGAACAACCCAAAUCGCAUCAACACGACAUGAGAGAGAAAAGGAGAAGAUCAAGAAGUCGAGAUCAUGGGCAGGACAAACAGAAAAGGUCAUCCCCCUUACCAAGGGCUGAAAAGGCUACAUCGCGUCAUAAGAGAAACCAUGAGGGGCGAUCAGAAAAUGCUGUUAAAGAUAGAUCGGGAAAACAUCAUGGUAAUGAUAAUGAAAAUAAAGUGGCAAGCACUGUAAAUAACAAGUCUAGAAGGUAUAAUGCUUCCAAAAGUGAAAUUGGUGGAUAUUCACCACGGAAAAGAAGGGAGGAAGCAUCUACCAAGGCUGAUUCUCCACCUAAUCUUUCUUCUGAGAAUAAAAGUGCUAAAUGGGAUCUUACACCUACUGUAACUGCUGGCACAUACUCGGGCUCAGUUUUUACUGGUCUCCAAGCAGCAACUCAGACAGGAUAUCCUGUCAUCAGUGAGGCUUCCUUGGCGCUUUUGAAGCCACUUAUGGAGGCGCCUUUUAGGAUGCCACCGCCAAGGCAGACCACUUCUUUUGAUUCUGUUCAGCUGACCGAAUCCACCCGACGUAUGAGGAGACUUUACGCAGAAAAUGUGCCGGAUUCGGCCUCUGAGAAGUCUCUGAUUGAAUACUUCAAUAGCUAUAUGCUAUAUUCAGGGUCCAAUCACAUAAAAGGAAGUGAACCAUGUAUUAGCUGUAUUAUAAACAAGGAAAAAAGUCAGGCGCUAGUGGAGUUUCUUACGCCACAGGAUGCCUCUGCUGCACUUUCCCUUGAUGGUUGCUCCUUUGCGGGUUCAAACCUCAAAAUUCGACGCCCGAAAGACUAUGUCGAGAUAACAAACGGUGAACUGGAGAAAAAGGAGCCAGCCACAAAUGCAGUAAGUGACAAUGUGGAGGACUCAUCAAACAAGAUCUUUAUUGGCGGAUUUCCAAAAGCAAUUUCAUCUGAUAUGCUCUUGGAGAUUGUCAGCGUCUUUGGGCCCUUGAAAGCAUACCGGUUCGUGAGCAACAAUGAUCUCAGUCAGCGAUGCGCUUUCCUAGAGUACACUGAUGGAUCUGUUACCCUCAAAGCUUGUGCUGGCCUAAAUGGUAUGAAGUUAGGUGGCAGUGUAAUAACAGCCGUUUGUGCAUUUCCUGAUUCAUCAUCCGUAGCGGUAAAUGAGAAUCCACCAUUCUAUGGAAUACCUGAUCAUGCGAAACCACUUCUUGGCAAGUCUAAGCAUAUUCUGAAGCUAAAAAAUGUGGUUGACUCAGAAGAUCUCACAUCGCUUUCCAAGCAAGAAGUGAAAGAAAUUUUGGAAGAUGUGCGGUUAGAAUGUGCCAGGUUUGGGGUUAUUAAGUCGAUAAACAUCGUGGAACACAAGAGCAAAGAUAUCACUGCUUCUGAAUCAAAUGCAUUGUUGAACUUAGAACCAACUGAUUCUAAAGACGAGUGCGCGGAUGAUAUGGCAGACAAUGUAGAUCUUGCAGAGGUUGUCAGGCCAGACAGUCUGAUAGGUGAAGACAAGUUAUGUGAACCUUGCUCAGAUACUGCUGCUGAGACAAACACGCAAGCCAAUGAUGAUCAACACUCCACUGAGCAAGACCAUUGUGAAAAGACUGUUGGAGAAAGUGCACAGGACGAGGCAGAGAAUCCACAAGAAGUAGCAUCAGCUCGUACCGUGAAGACAAGAUGGGAUGCUGGUGACAAGAUAGAGGAAGAACAAGAACAAGACCCAGAGGAUGUGUUUGAGCCGGGUUGUAUCUUCAUUGAGUACGGAAGACCAGAAGCUACACGUGAUGCAGCCCAUUCAUUACACGGAAGGCUGUACAAUAAUCGGACUGUGAAAGUGGAAUACGUUUCUAAAGAGCUUUACCAAAUCAUGUUCCCAAGUGGGUAAUUAUAAUCCUGAUCCAUCUCCAACAACAAAAGGAAAAUUACUUACAGAGUUACAGUACGUCUGAUUCUUCGCAACGUGACCACAUAACCGGUUUAAACCGAGUUCAGAGAUACAUAUAGGAUCUACAAUCGAAAACCCUUAAAAUCUCUUUGUAAUCGUUGGGAUUGAUCAGGUUGGUUUUUUUUUCACCACCUGUGUUGAUACUUUUGUGCAUUCGUGAAUCUAAAAAAGUAAAAGUUAAAACA